AUAUUUGAGGGAACACUUUGUACAUGCCUGAAACUUUACCGAGUGCAUGGAUAUUCGACAAAAAAUAUUAAUAUUCUUCUAUGGAAUACAUCGUUCGGAAGUCUUGAUAGAAUCACACCCUUUCCUUGUGUUG